AUGACGAAGUUUCUCGAGGUGAUCUUCCUAAUUGUGGCAGUGCUGUGGUCAGAGUCCAACGGAAUCCCAUUAUUCCAAGGCAUAAGUUUUCAAAGAGGUUUCGAAAUUAACUUCAAACCGUUACCAAGAAAUCCAAUAAGCUUCAUUAAAGAAAAAUGGUCGCCCUUUGGAGUGUUUGGGAGAAAGCAUGUAAUUCAGAAGAGGCAAGUGCUAGAUAAUCUUUUGGUGGCAGGAGCUCAAGGACCCCCAAUUGUGCCCCUUUCUGUGGAACCAGUGCCACGACCUGCACCAGUUUACGAAAGAAUAGAAGAUCCAGGACUUUUGCAGACGCCUUUUUUGGUUACGUUACCAGAAUCAACUGCUAGACCUGUAAUAAUAUCAUCACCUCUACCUCCACCUGCAUCUCCAGUGUUAACCCAAGGAACUCCUCCCAGGCCAGUUUUAAUUUCAUCCCCACCAUCAGAACAGCCUAAUGUAGUUAUCACCCCAAGUCCUCCAGUUUUAAGUAGUGUGCCACCACCGGCAGGAAUCCAAGAAGUUCAAAUACCUCCUGGAAGACCAAUAAUCAGUGAUAUACCAUUAUUACGUCCACCUGCGCCAACAAGAGAAGGUAUUCCUCCUAUUUCUACAAAUAUGGUCGUGCCCCCAGGUUCUAGUCUCUUUACAGACAUAACGAGAGCUGUCCCAGUGGGAGGAAAUGUAGAUUCCGUUCAACCUAGUCCUGGUCCUCCUGCAGUUGAGGAAAACGUGGGGGCACCUAUAGAAACAAAUUCCAUUCAACCAGAACCACCAAGAAAUAGAUUCACGCUAAACAACAAUUCAUUGGUAAGAGCAUCCAGGGUAGCUUUGUAUUUUGGAAGUGUUUUCCUACAGCUUAUGUCACAAUUUAUGACAAAUGCACGAGCGACGUUCGAUCAAAUGACUAAUCCUCCACCAGUUUAUAAUAAUUAA